AACGUCAAAACAACAACAGCGUCUCUCCAGCUGGCUUCCCGAGAGAUUUGGCCAUCAUGGGGGAGGAAAGUGCAAUAGCUACAACAGCAGAGAAUAAUACAGAGGAGAAUGUGACACAACAGAAAAUCUUUGUUAUUGGGAGCCUUGACAGCCAAGCACAGAGAAAUGAUAUUCACCAAGAGAUUAAAGAAUUUAUUAAGAGCUUCCAUGAUGGGGAUGCAAAUGAAGAGAAAACAUGUGAUAUUAUCCACCUUGGCCAGACAGGCUGGGAGUCUGUUGGGCUGGUCGCAAGUCCAACAUACUAUGUGGUAACCCUGUGUCGCAAAUAUGGCCUGUUGCCCACAGAGCGCUCUGUGUUGCUCUCUGUGCGUGACCAGUACCAAGUCAUUCAGCUGUGUUUAGCCCGCAUCAACAAAAAGAAACAUGGUGAGUUCAUGGCAGCUGCUAGUGAUGUUUUAGAUGUAUGGAACCAGAUGUACCAGGACACUGUGGCAUCACGGGCAGAUACGGAGGAAAGCUGCGAAGAACUGGAUCUUCCCAGCAUUUCCCAAAGUGUGGAUCCGUGCAUGAGGGAAAUGACGGAGAUCAUCGAGGCGUACAAUGAAUUCCUCCGUAACUCCGGGUGCCUUGAUCACUUUACACUUUACAAAAUCUUGAAGAAGCAUGCAGCAGGGGGUCAUGAAGUACUGAAAGAUAUUGCAUCAAAGGUGUACAUCCUUGAAGCUGUGAGCCAAAUGCCAGUCAUAGAGAGAGAGUUGGUGAAGAUCCUUCUACAGAAUGCCAAAGUCUUCAGAGCCACAGUGGGACUACCUCUUGCCACAGACACCUCUGGCACUGCCUAUGAUUUAAACAUGUCAGGCAUUGGAGAUGUUGAUGACCUAGCAUUGUCUCAAGGGAACACCAACCAGCUGCAGCAAGAUGCAGACAAGGCAGAGGAGGAUUCUUAUAGCACUAAAAGAAAUAAUGGUAGUAGCAUUGCCAGCUUAGAGAUUGACUCUCUGGAAUGUCCCUUAGCAGAGUACCUGAGUUGCGAGCCCAAAGAUGUAUGUGAGGGGUACACAUGCACAGAAUCUGAGCUUUAUGUUGAGCAGCUAAUCCUCUCUCACCUGCGGUUGCUUAUAAAUACGCGGGAUGAACUGGCUUUGACAACCAGCUGUAGCAUCCCAGGGAGAGAAAUCUCACAGCAGGGCUUUGCUGACAUUAAAGAUGAAGCACAGAAGAAGAGCAUGCCCAUGUUUCAGACCAUACUCUCCUUUAUCAUGCGAUUACGGCUUGGUGGUAAGGGGUAUCAGCCAGAGCCAGACCACCCAGUGCUGCUCCAUGCUAAGCCUCUGGGGGAGUUUGUGGACUCCAUUAUGAAGCUCCAGAGUGUAGCAGAGGAGGAACCUGACAUAAGGAAAGCAUCCUCAAAGGUACUCUCCCUCAUCAAGAGUGGUUUGGUGCGCAUGAGGGGCUGCAUCCUCAAGAAGGCAACCAUCGAGCAAGUAUGGGGGAGGCUAAAUGCAACCCUUGACAGCCUUCUCAACGACCACCUGAGGAAUGGCCAGGUCACCCCACAGACUCAGCAGAGUAAAGGUCUUGGACCCUGUCUCAAGGUCUUGCUCCAGCUGUGUGAUGAGGUCAGUGGCCAUGCAUCAUCAAUGGGAAUUGUGGACGCCUUGGGAGAGCACUUCCUAACACAGUGCAGCAGCUCUCGCAAGACAGCAACACCCAUUCGAAUCCCCUCAGUUCUGUCACUCUUCAGGUCUCCAGCAGAAGCAAAGGACACCAACACUGGAGAAGGAGCUGAUAAUGAAGGGAACCUCCUUGUUCGAAUCAUGAAGAAAAAAGGACUGGCCCCCAAGGCAGAAGUUCAGCCUCAGAGAUUCCAGUCAUCCUGUGCAUGGGCUCCUGAAGACAUGUCACCAGUGAGGCCAAAUGGUGUCAACAACAGCCUCUCCCCUAUUGUAGGUCCAACACUAAAGGCUGUGGGUAAAGGCAGCAAGAGCAGUCAGAGCUGGAGGGAGAUUGUCAGUUCUCUGCCACAACGGGAGGAUGAAGCUAAUCAGGCUGGAGAAACACAGGAAGCACAACCAGACAGCACUGAGGAAACAAACAAAAAUGAGGGGGAGAAAAACAAGGCAGAUCCAAAUGAAAAGGCCAAUGGGAAGGCCAAGAAAAAAUGCAGCAAGAGAUCAUUAUUGUCUGAUAUAGCAAACAUAUCGACCGAACCCGAAGCCAAGAAAGCAAAGGCUGAGGCAACUAAGCUGCAGAAGGAGAAAGGUCCAUCCAAGAAGAAUGCCAAGCUGAAGCCCAUCCCAAAGGGUCAGAGGUCAAUCACUUCAUUUUUCAAGAUAUAGAGGUCUUGUGUAGGGGCUCUGGGGUAUGGUA